AGUAAGUCAAGUAAACUUUUUUCGAUGGCAGCCCAAACAAGUAAUCCAUCACAACGUGAGCUAAUUAACUGGUGCAUAGGAGAAGCAGUAGACUUAAAGCAUGCUCUUUUGUUAUAUGGAGUGCCUAAAGCCGCUUCAAAGGAAGACAUUGAAAGCACAGCUGAGACCAUUAAGGCAUUGGGAAAAGUUACUGUUAGAGGAAAAAUGUUUCACCCUCAACAAAAAUCUCUGAUGGUGUUAUGUGAGUGUCGUGAAGAGAUCGACCCAUCUAAAAUCCCACCUGAGAUAAUGCCUUUAAAUGAAGGAAGUGGUUGGAAAACUGUUUGGUACUCAGAGCCUCAGACUGAUAACUUUGAAGAUAAGUUGCUCACCUUUUUACAAAGUGAAGGGAGAACCCUGGAGGACAUCCAGAGUCUAUAUUCACCCCCCAAAGAGGUUAAUAGCAAUCCUGAAGACAUUAUCCGUGCCGUCGGUGAUGUUAUGAGCAGAGCAAACAAACAUCCUGACACCCACCCAUACAGACGUCUGCGGACAUAUUCAGGGAUUAGUCCCACUCCCGCUGGAGAGGAAUCACUGGACAAUUGGUUGGAGCAAGCAACACUCUUAGUAGAGGAAGGAGAGUGCUCGGACAAAGAGAAACGACGCCGGAUCCUAGAAAGUCUCAAGGGACCAGCUUUUGAAAUUAUUCAAGCUGUGCGUUUGACUCAACCAGAUGCUAGCCCACAUGAGUACAUAAAGGCUAUAGUGAGCAUCUUUGGUAUGGUUGAGUCCCCAGAAGAACAAUAUCUGUCUUUUAGAGCCCUCCACCAACGUCCUGAUGAGCGUUUGUCUGAGUUCCUACGAAGAAUAGAGAGAUCUCUUGUCAAAGUAGUCCAAGGAGGGGGUUUAUCUGUCAGCGCUGCAAACAGCGCUCGUUUAGAGCAGUUACUUAGAGGGUCCACCUCUGAACUCAUGUUGCUGCAGUUGAAAAUAAGGGAAAGGAGCAGUAAUCCUCCUACAUUUUUGAACCUGUUAAGAGAAGUGAUGGAAGAAGAAAACCGCCAGUCAGCCAGACAAAGCCACGUGUCACAUCUGCGUCCUCAGCGUGUGCGCACUAUUCAAGCCGAAAAAGAGAAAGAAAUCUCCUCACCCUCCAGGAUUGAACUUCAAGCCCAGAUCCAAGAGUUGAGAGCACAGUUAGAGCAGACAGCUCAGCCACUCACCGAGGAGUCCAUUAAUGAUCCUAAAGAGAAGCAAAACCAAAAACAUGAGGCAAAGAGUGAACUGCAAUCACUAAGAAAGCAAGUGAAAGCCUUAGAAAACAAAAUGUGUGCAAUGGCUGUAAAAUAUACUACAGACCCCUCAAAAGAGCACACACAGCAACCUUAUAGAUGCAAAGUAGUUCCAGGUCACAAGCCCACUCAUUCCAGAGGCUCCUCUCCAAAAGACAGUAAUGAGUUCUUCUGUUAUCGCUGCGGCGAAAAUGGCCACAUAGCUACUAGAUGUACUGCUCCUGAGGAUCUUCAGAAAGUCAUCAGAAAGCUCAUACGCUUGGUGCGAGUUUCCCCUUCAUCCAGCCAAGACAACCCAAAAAACACAGGUGAGGAACAGUGUGUAGCUAGAAUUAACAAGGUUGAAGUCCCAGAACACAAUACAGAGUUACCUGAGGGUCUUGUAGGGCCAUCAUUUAUUCACACCAUCAAAGUUAAUGAUGUGGUCUGUGAAGCUCUAAUAGACAGUGGGUCCAACGUGACUAUUAUAUUUGAAAACUGGUAUAACCAACAUCUUUCUGGUAUCCCGAUAAAACCCCUUGCUGGCCUUGGACUCUGGGGUCUCUCAGAUGCCGAGUAUCCUUACAAAGGCUAUGUUGUUGUAGAGAUGGAGUUUUCAGAGGAGAUCACUGGUGUGAAAGGCAGGGUAGAAGUGCUCGCCUUAAUUUGUCCUGAGCCAAGAAACCAACAACAAACCCCCAUACUGGUUGGAACAAACACAUCUCUGUUCCGUCGCCUAUGGGAACUGGUGAAGACAAAGGGUGAUGAAAAAACUGUUCACUCCCUGAGAAUCCAGUCGGUGUAUGCACCGGUCAAAGCAUGGAAGCCACCAGCAGAAAAUGAAAUCUUGGGACAGAUAAGGUGGAAGGGGCCAGGUCUACUCUCUAUCGCUCCAGGUGCCAAAUGCUAUGCCACCUGCACAGUAGAAAAACAGAUUGAUCCAGGCAAAGACCUAAUACUGAUUGAGGCACCCACUGCCCCGUUACUCCCGGCAGGUCUGUUGGUACGUCCUGGUGUGCUCCCAGAUACUGACGUAGACAAAAGUUGCACUGUGCUCAUUCAAAAUGAGUCCAAAAGGACAACUUCCAUCCCAGUUGGGACUGUUGUGGCGGAGAUGUUUGCUGUGGACACGGUUACCCCCGUCCAGCCUUCUGACCCCAAAACCGGAGACUUAGAUCCAAGUCUUUUCAAUUUCGGGAACUCCCCCAUCCCCGAAGAGUGGAAGAGACGGUUUCAGCAGAAGUUGGCUAAAAGGCAGAAGGUUUUCUCACUGCAUGAGUGGGAUGUUGGAUGUGCCAAGGGUGUUGAACAUCACAUUCGCCUGCAUGAUUCCAGACCCUUCAGGGAAAGUUCAAGGAGGCUAGCACCUGCAGACAUUGAUGAUGUGCGGCGGCAUAUCCAACAACUAUUGGCUGCUGGCAUUAUUACCGAGUCGCGCAGCCCAUAUGCCUCUCCAAUUGUUGUAGUCAGAAAAAAGAAUGGCAGCAUAAGAAUCUGCAUUGACUAUAGAACUCUCAAUAACCGCACCAUACCCGACCAAUACACAAUGCCCCGCAUCGAUGAUGCCUUGGAUUCUUUAUCAGGCAGCAAGUGGUUCUCAGUCCUAGAUCUGCGUAGUGGUUACUAUCAGAUUGAGAUGGCUCCUGAGGAUAAAGAAAAAACUGCAUUCAUUUGCCCCCUUGGGUUUUAUCAAUUUGAACGCAUGCCACAAGGAAUAACUGGAGCGCCCGCAACAUUUCAGCGCUUAAUGGAGAAAGCUGUUGGAGAUAUGCAUCUUCUUGAAGCUCUUGUGUACUUGGAUGACAUAAUCAUUUUUGGGAAAACGCUUGAAGAGCAUGAACAGCGUCUACUGAAAGUAUUGGAUCGACUGGAGGAGGUUGGCUUGAAGGUUUCUAUUGACAAAUGUCAAUUCUGUCAGCCUGAGGUGAAGUAUGUGGGACACAUUGUUUCUGCUAGUGGAAUAGCUACUGAUCCAGACAAAGUGGAGGUGGUAAACGACUGGAAAGAACCCACUCACCUGAAGCCGUUGAGGUCUUUCCUCGAAUUCUGCAGUUAUUAUCGGCGAUUUAUUGCAAAUUAUUCUGCUAUCGUUCGUCCCCUCUCUGAGCUAACAAAGGGUUAUGCACCCACAUGGCAAGAUCCCAAGUGCAGAAAGAGUGUUGGACAAAGUAAAGUCUAUUUCAAGCCAUCAGAACCUUUUGGAGAACGUUGGACUCAAGCCUGCCAGGAGGCAUUUGAGCGGAUCCGCGACUCUUUGAUCAAUGCCCCUGUGUUGGCAUUUGCUGACCCUACAAAGACAUACAUCUUACAUGUGGACGCCAGUAUGAAUGGACUGGGUGCUGUCCUGAACCAGGAGUAUCCUGAAGGGUUAAGACCAGUAGCUUUUGCUAGUCGCAAGCUUAAAGAUUCAGAACACAAUUAUCCAGUCCAUCAACUGGAAUUUCUGGCAUUGAAAUGGGCUGUUGUAGACAAGUUCCAUGAUUACUUGUAUGGAGCUAAAUUCAUUGUCAGAACCGACAACAACCCAUUGACUUAUGUGUUAACCUCUGCUAAACUCAGUGCUGUUGGACAUCGUUGGCUCACUGCCCUUUCCACCUAUGAUUUCACCAUCCAGUAUCGUCCUGGGAGGCAAAACAUUGAUGCAGAUGUGUUGUCUCGACAGUACACAACUGAGGAGAUUAAAGAGUGGAAUAGUAUUCCAUCUGCUGGCAUCAAAGCUUUUUGCAAGCAAGCUUGCAUGAUUGAAAAUGUAGAUGUGCCUGACAGGUUGGUAGAUCAGCUGGGAGCUCCUGCUGCAGCUGUACCAGAAGCCUACAUGUUCCCAGUGAACCUCAGCCUUAACACCAUUGAGCAGCUGAGUCUGCAAGACCUCCAGGCGUCACAAGAUAUGGACCCAACAAUCGGACCAGUAAAGAAAGCGCUGGAAAAUAAUGAAGAACUAGCUCACUCAAAAAAUGACUCACCUGAAACUGUGUUGCUUCUACGUGAAAGACACAACGGGGCUCCUGUUUUGAUUACACCGGCUACCUGGCUGCUACCCACCGGCUACCUGGCUGCUACCCACCGGCUACCUGGCUGCUACCCACCGGCUAUCUGGCUGCUACCCACCGGCUACCUGGCUGCUACCCACCGGCUACCUGGCUGCUACCCACCGGCUACCUGGCUGCUACCCACCGGCUAUCUGGCUGCUACCCACCGGCUAUCUGGCUGCUACCCACCGGCUACCUGGCUGCUUCCCGCCGGCUACCCACCGGCUACCUGGCUGCUUCCCGCCGGCUACCCACCGGCUACCUGGCUGCUUCCCGCCGGCUACCUGGCUGCUUCCCGCCGGCUACCCACGGGCUACCUGGCUGCUUCCCGCCGGCUACCCACCGGCUACCUGGCUGCUUCCCGCCGGCUACCGACCGGCUACCUGGCUGCUACUUACUUGCCUGUUGAAGCAAAGCCCAAGAGAUUUUUCCAGUCAGCAGGAGCAACGUCCUUUUCCACAGACGGCGAGGUACUCAUGGUGUCCCGGACGGGCGAGGCGAUCAGCGGAACGGAGCUAUCAUGGCCCGGGAGCGGCGUGUCUACCUGGGACAGACCACGCACGCUAGCCACGCUGCGGCUACAUUCCGGACUGGCACAUCAUCCCCUGACGGCUCCAGUCAACCAUGGCGAGACCGGACCGCACCACUGUCGACCUAUAUACGGACGCGGAUCGGCCAUAUCCCACAGAUGGGGAGACUCCCUCACCAGCUCGUAUCCACCCGGACCCCACCAUGUUCACCUGCUGCAACUCCGCGGCCUCAAUCAACACGUCAUCAGAGCAUGCCCAAUACAAGGACUAAUAAGCCACAAUACCGGAGGGCUGGAAUACGCGGAGUGGAUUUCAGUCUUCUUCGCUCUUUCCCAAAAUAUAAGCCAGCCUCCAAAAUAA